AGCAGUGGUAACAAGUAACGGUUGUGCCGUCACACAAAAAUUUUCGUCUCGCCUUUUCAACCGCGGCUCGCGCUUUUCGUGUGCGUUCGAAAAUCCGGAAAAUGUGAAAAUCACAUCGGGAACUCAUCGCCGGGAAGGAAACUAUUGGUACAACAGUUUUACACCUUUUUUCACACGCCGUGUUCGUGGUGUUCUCCUCCGGUUCAAGACGUGUGCGAGCGGGAGGACGAGUGCGUGCGGGAUAACGGUGCAAGGAAAAAUCUCAAAUCCGAAAUCAAAGCCCGAAAUUUGUUUUAAUCGCUGUAAUUAUUAGAAUCGAAACUGCUAACUGCAGCUAACGAAUCCGAAAUAUAAAAACCGAGCAAAGUGAAGUGCAAAAACAAAAACAUAAACCGGUCUCUGCAGCAGCAGCACCAGCAGCAAGAGAGCGCGCGCGCAAGGAGCAGAAGGAAGAGAACAAGAACUGGUGAGAGAAAGAGAGAGAGAGCCGAAUAUAGAAUUCGUCCUUUUGUGUGGGUUCAAAAUAAAAUACCCAACCCAAAAAAAGAGCACGAUAACUGGACGAAAAACGGUGAAAAACAAUAACAACAGCAAACGACGAUAGAUUGCAAAAGUAAACAAAUUGCGACGAACUGAACGAAUUUCGGGAAAUUGCAACACGAAAAAGCCACCUCAUGUCUGUUCCCUACAGUUUGAGCUUCACAGAGUUCUAAGCCACAAAGACAGCGGAAAGUUUAGGGAAUCAUCAUGCGACUGACUCAACGAAAAAUCCUCAGCGAAAUGUCCAAGCCAAACGGAUAUCAGAAGGCUCAAGCCAGUCGACCCAUCAAAUAAAUUGCCAAUAAAAAAUAAGAAAAACAACAACAAAGUGAAUAAGCAAAUAAUAAAUUUUAGAAAAUAAGUUCCCUAAAGGAACACACAAACUUUGAGAAGGAACAUUAAAAAAGGAGCCUCGCUCGUUCCUUUUUUCCUUUUUUGUGGGUGAAAGAAAGCCGCCAAAAUUACGACGUACCACCCACCAACGCCCAAGGUCAAACAGAACCCGGCCAAUACGGACGCCAUGUCCGGGCCGGGUGCGUUUGACGAUGAGCCGCCACCGGAGCCCCGGGACGGAUGGCUGCUGGUGCGGAUCCAUGUGCCGGAGCUGAAUGUCUACAAGUGCCUGCAGUUCCCAUCGGAGCGUCUCGUCUGGGAUGUCAAGCAGCAGGUGCUUGCCUCGCUGCCGAAGGAACUCAAGGAGAGCUUCAACUACGGCCUGUUCGCUCCACCUGCCAAUGGCAAGGCUGGCAAAUUCCUGGACGAAGAGCGUCGCCUGGGCGACUAUCCCUUCAAUGGACCCGUUGGCUACUUGGAGCUCAAGUACAAACGACGUGUCUACAAAAUGCUGACCCUGGACGAACGCCAGCUCAAGGCUCUGCACACACGGGCCAAUCUGCGUCGCUUCCUGGAGUGCAUCAAUGGGGGGCAUGUGGAGAAGAUAGCCAAGAUGUGUGCCAAGGGUCUGGAUCCCAAUUUCCACUGCUCGGAGAGCGGCGAGACUCCGCUGACGGUGGCCACGGGUGCCAAGAAGCCGAACAAGUUGCUCAUAGCCCUGGUCAACGGAGGAGCCUUGUUGGAUUACAGGACUAAGGAUGGGACCACGGCACUGCACAGAGCUGUGGAACAGGAUUCCCUAGAGGCAGUCAGCACUCUCCUGGAGCUGGGAGCUUCGCCCAACUAUCGAGAUGGACGUGGCAUCACUCCCUUGUACAUCUCCAUCACCCGAAGGUGUGAGGCCAAGAUCACAGAGAGUCUGCUGCAUGAUCAUGCCACACUCGGAAUCCAGGACAGUCAGGGCUGGAACGAAGUGCAUCAGGCCUGUCGGCAUGGCCUGGUCCAGCACCUGGAACACCUGCUGUUCUAUGGGGCGGACAUGGACGGGCGCAAUGCCUCCGGCAAUAGUCCGCUGCAUGUGUGCGCCGUUAACAACCAAGAGGCCUGUGCCCGUAUGCUUCUCUUUCGCGGUGCCCAGCGCGGUGCCCAGAACUUUGCCAAUCAAACUCCCUACCAGGUGGCUGUCAUAGCCGGCAACUUGGAACUGGCCGAGAUAAUUGAGAACUACAAAUCGGAGGAUAUUGUUCCCUUCCGCGGACCGCCGCGCUACAAUCCGAAGCGACGCUCGGGCAUCGGGUGGCUCAGUGCCAAUGGAGCCGCCGGUGCCGCUCUCCUGGCAGCGGCUGGCGGUGGCUUUGGUGGUGCAAUGGUUGCCAAUGGCAGUGCGAAUGGCCACCUUAAUGGGAAUGGCAUCGGGAACGGCGGAGCUGGCGGUGUCGGUCUGAUGCUCAGCCAUCAGAACCAUCAGCAGCUCCUGGCCGGGCACCACCAGCAGCAGCAGCAGCAGCAGCAGCAGCAGCAGCAGCAUCAUCUGCACCACCAGCACCACCUCCAGCUUCAUGCCCUGCAGCUCCAUGGCCCCCCAUCGCCCUGCCCCUCAGAGCACAUGCUGGGCGCCUACAGCUCCGCCAGCUCCAGCCUGUCCGAGGGCUCCUCUGGCCACCGAUCCCAUGAGGAUGACAUCAGCAUUGUGACAGAUAAAUCCCUGGGCGACACCAGCGACAUCAUCAGCGACUCCUCGGGCGUGGGAACCAACUCGGAUUCGGCGGCCUGUUCCAUUGGCCAUCCCAGCACCACGGUGGUGUGCAUGGAGCCCUAUCCCGGCAACACUGUCGGCCACAUUCGCCUCCAGCCCGGCGAUGUCAUCGAGGUGGUGGGCAGCACCGACUGCGGCCUGCUCGAGGGCUAUGUCCGUGGCACCAAUCAGUCUGGGUUCUUCCCCGCCGACUGUGUCCAGGAGGUGAGUCUGCGCCAGAAGCACAUCACCAAUGUGAUGACCGCCAGCACGGGCAUGGCGCCGCAGCAACAGCAGCAGCAGCAGCAGCAUCAGCAUCAGCAGAACCAACAGCAGCACCUGCAGCAGCAGGCGCCCGUAUCCUCCGCCGCCUCCUACCAGGGAUCUCCGCAGCUGAGCCUUGGAGGACACUCGGGCAGCUCCAGCACCCUGCUGCAGCAGCCCCACCAGUCGCCCUCGCUCUCGGUGGCCAGCAAUGGCUCCUGCCAGCAGCCGGGUGAGACCAACGGAGGCGGAGGAGGAGGAGCUGCUGCUCAGUCUGGGAACGGUGGCAGCAAUCACAACAAUAAUCACUCCGUGGGACAGUACAGCAGCGCCACAGCGCCGCGCAUCAAAAAGAGCGCCUACAAUGCGCCACGUUCGGUGGUGCUGCACCGCGCCAAGCGCGGCUUCGGCUUCAUCCUGCGUGGCGCCAAGGCCAGUUCCCAGCUGAUGCAGCUGCGUCCCUCAGAGCGUUUUCCGGCGCUCCAAUAUCUGGACGAUGUGGAUCCGGGUGGCGUGGCAGAUAUGGCUGGACUCCGGCCUGGCGAUUUCCUCCUCACGAUCAACGGCGAGGACGUGAGCGCCGCCUCCCACGAGCAGGUGGUGGAGAUGAUCCGCUCGGCGGGCGCUCUGGUCAACAUGACGGUGGUCUCGCCCCAGUUUCCCCACCAGAUGCAGGCCAGUGCCCAGUACCUGCCCAGCGGGGCACGUGCUGGCAGCCAGCACCUGAACAGUGGACCAAGCACGCCGCAGUCCUCACAUCGCCAGUGCGCCACGCUGCCCAGGAAGAUGGCGGGUCCGGGAAGCAAUGGCGGCGGAGGAUCCUCGACCGGAGGAAGCGUUCGCAUGGCACCGAUGCCACCACGCCGAGAUCCCAAGACCACGCUCAGUGUGGGCCGGGCCAGAGCCAAGUCCAUGGUGGCUGGCCUCGAGAAUGGAGGCGAAAAGGAGGAUGACUUGCCGCACACCAAGUCCAAUUCGGUGGAGUCCAUUGCCAUGCCCGCGCCGGGAGGCAGCGGUGGUGGCGGCAACCAGACGGGACCUGGAACGCCCGUUCAGCUGCGCACGGCCAGCAUCAAGGCGCGACCCACUUCCAGCAGGAUCACUGCUGCGGAGCUGGAAGAGCUCUUCCAGCGGCAGCAGGGCGAGGGCAACGCAGCGAAUGCCAGUCGCUAUGCCACCAUGAUGACCAGCUCGCGCUUCCAGUCGGGCACGGACAGCGGGGCGGCCACACCGCCCGCCUCCAACGGUUCGCCGAUGAGGACCGGUCCCCUGGUCUACGGCAGCGUGGCCGAGAUGAAGCGCAAGACGGCGAGGAGCAAGCACGGCAGUGGAACACUACGCGGCAAGCCAGUGGCCACGCCAACGGUGGGUGCCGGCGGCGGAGCAGGAGGCGGACGCGACCUCAAGCGGUUCCACUCGACGCCCGAUCUGCACGGUCCGCAGCUACAUGGCUCGGCCUCAUCCAUUUGGCAGGCGGCCGGCAAGGGUCACCACUCGCAGGACGAUGUGGCCACGCUCCAUGCCUCCCUGCAGCGCCUGAACUCCAACCAGGGUGAGCUGAAGCUGGGAGGAUUGGCAGGACAGGCGGUGCUCCCACCACCGAAUCAUCCACCGCCGCCGCCACCCGUGGGCCAGGUGGUCAAGGUAGAGACUCGCAGCAGUGUCUCGGAGUACGAGAGCACCGUCUCCUUGCAACAGAAGCUGAAGAAGCGCACGGAGAACGAUGCGGUGACCAGUGCCGCCAUCGAUGGCGUCCAGAGCAGCUUCAAUCCCUCGGCGAAUGCCAAGAUCUAUGCCUCGCCCCAGGAGCUGCGCAACGUGAUGGCCUGGAAGUUGCGGCAGGCGCAGGAGAAGCCCCAGCAGGAGACAUCCGCGGGCUCCCAGCAGCCGGUCAGUCAGUAUGCGGCUCCCACGCAGAUGCGACCGCCACAACAGCAACAGCAGCAGCCCACGGCAGUGGCCUCCCACUACGCUGCUCCUCAAGUGCAAGUGCAGGUGCAGGUCCAGCAGGUGCAGCCAGCGCCUCAAUCUCCGCCAGCACCACCGCCACCACAGCCACAGGCAGCGCCAGUGCCGGCACAGAAUGGAAACAGCAAUGGAAACGCCGGAUCAGCUCCUCCGAUUCCCGAGCCGGACUACAGCUGCAGCGAGUCGGACGGCGAGGACGAGAACUCCAUUCUAGUGGCUCGCAACACCAAGCUCAACGAGAAGAUUGCCCUGUUCGAUGUGCCCGAGACCAGUGGCAAUAGUCAGGCCAGUGGCAGCAGCUCCAACUCGGGCAGCGCCUCCAUUUCUCAUUCGCUCUCCGUGGAGGAGAUCCAGCGCAUUCGUAGCAAUCUCAAGACCUCCAAGUCAUCGCCGAAUGGCUUUGCCAAGAAGCCAGAGGAGGAGCAACAGCAAGCCCAGCAGCAAUCCCACCAGCAACAGCCGCAGCAGCACUUGCAGCCCGGCGAGGAUGAGUGCGACAAUAGCAGCUCCGGCGUGAGCAGCGAACAAGAGCAGCAGAUGCAGGCCCAGGCACAGACUGGGGCACUUGGCAAGCCCACCGAUACCAUCAAGAAGAAGCCUACGGUAACCAUUGUGGAGGAACCCAAGACCAUACCGGAUCAGCCAAGCCAAACGAAGCCCAUGGCCAAGACCACGAUCAGUAUAGGCGGCGGAGGCGGUGGUGGAGCCACGGCCACGCUGACAGUGAAGCAGCUGGUGCAGCAGCAACAUGCGCCCGUCAUUCAGCAGCAGCAGCAGCAGAUGGGCGGCAAGCAACCACAAACAGUGGCCAAGAUGCUGCCCCAAAGCAACGUCAGCAACGUCAACGUUAACGCAAACAACAAGGUAAUGAGUCCCCAAGUGCUGGGUCGCAUUCCCAACCACCAUCACCAACAGCAGCAGCAAUCGAAUCCGAAUCAGAAGCUGAUCGCCACCCAGCAGCAGAUCCUGCAGCAGCAGCAACAGCAGCUGGCCCACCAGCAGCACCUGCAGCAGAUCCUCAAGGCGAAGGCAGCAGCGGCCGGAGGAGCCAGCAACACGGCCGCCUUGGUGGCCAAACACCAGCAGCAGCUGCACAAGGGCAAUAGCAACAGCAGCGGCGGCCACGAAUCGGAGAUGGAGCAGCGCUCCGAUGUGGAGGACGACGAUGGUGAUCUGAGUCCCUCGCCGCCGGCCAAGGCCUUCCAGCGUCACAAUUCGCUGACGCGCAAGCAGGCGGCCGCAAUUGCCAUGCAAAGGGGCGCCACUAGGACCUCGGCCGUGUCCCUGAUGCAGCUGCCGCCGCCCCUGGAGGCGGAUAGCGAUGGCGAGCCGACGUCGCAGCAUACGCUUCAGCGUCAGACCCAUCCGGCUCAUCAGCUCCAACUGCAGCAAUUGCAACUGCAGCAGCAGAUGCAGCUGCAGCAGCAACAUCCACAGCAGCAGCAGCAACAGCAACAGCCGAUGGUUGUGGGCAUGCUGCCCAGCGGACAGCUGGUGGCUGUUGCCUCUGGCGCUGUUGUUGCUGGCGUUCCGGGCGUUGGAUCAGCGGCUGCGGUGCAGCCGGGCAACAACAAUCUGCAGCAGCUGUGCACCGACAAUCUGGUGUUGGCGCCGCCGCCGCAGUUCUGCGAUUGCAACGAUGCCAAGCACGCGCCGCAGCCGCAUCUGCCAACGAGCCAAUACCAUCCCCAGCAGCAGCAGCAGCAACAACAGCAGCAGCAGCAACAGCAACAGCAACAACUGCAGCAGCAACUGCAACAGCAGCAGCAGCAGCAGAUGCAACUGCAGAUGCACCAACGGCUGUCGGGUGGCGCUGGCCCCGGCUCCGUGGGCACCUUGGGCAGGGUUCGCAUUGUGGGGGCCAUGCCCAAGGCGAACCACCACAGGCUGCACUAAGCAGGCAGAAAUCAAAUCAAUCGUUUGCCAAAUCGUGUUACAUUGUUAGUUAGUGUUAGUUGUUAGUCCAAACAACAGUCAUUGCCAACUCUCACAACGAAGAAAGAAACUGCACCCGAUUUAAUGGCUAAAAAGGGAUCACGUUCGAACUGCAAUUUGUUUGAUUUCCCAGUCUUUUAAUUACUUUUAUUAUAUAUUUAUUGCGUGUGAUAUAAAUUUAUGUAACUAAGCGCUAUUUUGUAAUCGAAACAGCAGCAAUAUCUAACGGUUAAAACCCAAAACCCCCCAUAGAAGCCUCUUGAAAACAAACUGAGAGGCAGUCGAAGGAAUAGCAUGCAUGUUCUAUUCGCAUUUUCGUUCAUUUCAGUUUGCUUUCGAGCCCAGUCUUAGUUCGUAGACAAGUUCAUUUAUUCAAGUAUCCAUCCAUUGAUCAUUCGUGUUCGAUUUAGUGCACAAAACACACACAUUUAAGCGGAACACUAAACACAUUUAAUCUAAAUACACAAACUAGCGUAGGUUUUUAUAGGCCUAAAGGGAAGGAAGAAGGGAAAGCACCGAGUAACAAUAAUAUUUGAAUUUGAGCAUUUAGCCGAAUUUCCAAGUCAAGUCAAAGUCAACUAAAACUAAAUAUAAAACUAAACCUAAACCUAAA